AUCUCAUCCCAUUUUGAAUCGGCCCAGCGAAGGACUAGUCUGCUCCCUGCCCGGUGUUGUUCUUCAUCGCGGUCGACUGGCCCACUGCGCGUUCCUGCACCGCUGGCCAACGCACCGCCGCAGCCACCAGCUACCUCACUCCGCCGUGCACUCACCGAUCAGGGCACCGCCACACGUCCGUAGCGCCGCAAUACAUUCCAACUUCAGCCAGAUUGUAUAGUUAUCGCACGUCAUUUUGGUGGCAAUCACUUUCGAUUUUGUGGGUGUUGGUGGAUUAACGGAGGGGAGAACAAUGGCAGAUUUCAUAACCUCAACUCACAGAGCCAAGUGGAUUUUCUCUCCACAGGAUCUUAAGGAUAAGUACAAGGCUGCCAAUCACAGAGCUAAACAGGCAUUGGAGAAGUAUGGAACAACUCGAAUGGAAGUCGACGUUGAUGGGUCUUUCUCAUACGUGGAACCUCUCACUGAUGCAAAGUGUACUGGUGAGAAGCGCCCAAAACCCCUUAAAAUUGAAGAGGAACAACUUUUGAGAGCCUUUUAUGAAUUCAAAAUUCAAGAUGUAUGCGAUGCAUUUAAAUUUCCAUGCAAAAUUCAGGCUACAGCUCUCAUUUACUUUAAAAGGUUUUAUCUGCAGUGGUCUGUCAUGGAACAUCACCCGAAAAACAUCAUGUUAACCUGCAUAUACACUGCAUGCAAAGCAGAAGAGAAUCAUGUAUCGGCCGAGGAGCUUGGUAAGGGGAUUGAGCAGGAUCAUCAUGUUAUCCUCAAUAAUGAAAUGCUUGUUCUUCAGAGCUUAGAUUUCAAUCUCAUUGUUUUUGCUCCAUAUCGCGCAGUUGAAGGUUUUUUGAAUGAUAUAGAGGAGUUCUGUGGAGUUAAUGUUGAAAAUCACGAUACAUUAAAGAAUUUGUUUCAAAGUGCCAAAGUAGAAGCUGACAAGAUCAUGCUUACAGAUGCAACCCUUUUGUUUCCACCAGGGCAGUUGGCACUGGCAGCUCUUCGUAGAGCUAAUGCAAUUCACGGUGCUCUUGAUUUUGAGAGAUACCUGGAAAGUGUUCUAUCACACCAGCAAGCAACUAAUGCCAUUUUGGAUAUCAGUGGCCUUUUAAAUGCUAUUGAUUUUAUGAUAAAUAAACUCGAGUUCCCUUCUGCCAAAGAUGUGAAGCACAUCGAUCGGAAAUUAAAAUCAUGCCUGGAUCCUGGUUUGCAUGACAAAAGUAAGAAGAGAAAGCACAGAUCGAAAGAAGGGGCAAAUGAAGUGCAUGACUUGUCUUGAACUCCAACGCAUGUAGUAUUCUCCUGUGGAACAACUAUAUUUAUUCCUGCUCAUUAUCCGGUUACCACUAUUUAAUGGUUAGUGGUCUUGCUGUGGAAGCAAUGUCUUUAGUUUUGGAAUGGAGACUAUCAAUGGCCUGGUUCCUGGAGGGCACAGUCCA